AUGCCCAUCCGCAUGCGACCACGUAGGACCGCCUGCACCGUUUUCCUGCUGCCUCAGCAGGCCGUUCCCGGGCAGCUGGGCUCCGAGGCGUCCGGCAGCGAUGAUGGUCCCCGUCCGGGCCGAGGCCCGCCCCGCCCGGCCUGGGACUCUCCGUCUGAGGUGGGGCCCCUGGGAGGUGGAUGGGGCCUGAGGGUGGAGCCCGCUCGAUGGGGUGGGGCCCCUGCUCACUCUCGGCCACGCCCAGGACACGUGAGAAGGCGGAGCGUGGCCCCCCGAAGAACCGCCGCGCCGGCUCCCUGCUCGUGCACAGGUGUGCACGGGGAAACGUGUGCUCAGCGGGCGGCCUGUUUCUGCGGCCCGGGCCCAGGGGGCCUGCUGGGCACGGGUAAUGCACGUCCUCCUCUGCCAGGACAAGCCUGCGGCCGCCCGCUGCCUGCCAGCGUCGCCUGGGAGCCCACGGGGGACGGGAGGAGGGUCAUCUCGCUGGCCGACAGCCACGUCCUGCUGUGGGACCUGCAGGAGAGCUCCAGCCAGGCCGUGCUGGCCAGUUCGGCGUCCCUGGAAGGGAAGGGACAGCUCAAGUUCACCUCGGGACGGUGGAGCCCUCACCACACCUGCACCCAGGUGGCCACCGCCAAUGACACGACCAUCCGAGGCUGGGACACACGGAGCAUGAGCCAGACAUACUGCAUAGAGAAUGCCCACGGGCAGCUGGUGCGGGACCUGGACUUCAACCCCAACAAGCAGUACUACCUGGCCAGCUGCGGGGACGACUGCAAGGUGAAGUUCUGGGACACCCGGAAUGUCACGGAGCCAGUGAAGAGCCUGGAGGAGCACUCGCACUGGGUGUGGAACGUCCGCUACAACCACUCGCACGACCAGCUGGUGCUCACGGGCAGCAGCGACAGCCGGGUCAUCCUGUCCAACAUGGUGUCCAUCUCCUCGGAGCCCUUCGGCCACCUGGUGGACGACGAGGACCUGAGUGACCAGGAGGAGUGCCGUCCGGAGAAGAGCCAGGAGCCCCCGCAGGACAGCGUCAUCGCGACCUACGAUGAGCACGAGGACAGCGUGUACGCCGUGGACUGGUCGUCCGCCGACCCCUGGCUGUUCGCCUCCCUGAGCUACGACGGGAGGCUGGUCAUCAACAGGGUGCCCCGUGCGCUGAAGUACCACAUCCUGCUGUAGCCGCCCCGCCGCUGCGCCCCUGCGUCUCUGCGGUCGGACCGGCCGCCCUCCGGGGAGCC